AUGGGGUCUACUAGGGAACCCGUUGUGGAGGGUUUACUGGGGCAUUGGCCUGAGCAGUGGCCUGUGCUUGUGCCUGUGCCUGUACUUGUGCCAGUGCCAACGCCUGUGCCUGGGCCUGUGCUUGGGCUUGUUCCUGGGCCUGUUGUAGACUGGCUUGCUGAUUGGUUACCAAGGUGUUCUAAAGAUGCUGGGUGUCGUGGGCUGAGGGUUGGGCGUGUUGUGGGCGUCGUUUCGCGUGGGUUCCACGAAACUCGGCGGUUGCCGGAAAACUCGCGGCUGUUGGCGGAUGAGAGGUUCCAAUGGCGGAGGUUGAUGAGCUCGUCCACGGUAGUGCCAGAGGAACAGGGGAUUAAGGAUGUUGAGAAUCAGGAGAAGGAAAAAGAGAAGGAUAAUGCGUUGGAGACUUACAGAGCGGAUGUGUCCAUAGAUCUUGGAAAGCACCAUGAGCGAAAAGCUUUUCUGAACAAAGUCGCUUACCGCGUUGUAAAGCUUCUUCGAAUCCCAACUGAUAUCUUCUUCCAGAGGCGCUAUGGCUGUCAAGCAGUGAUGCUAUGUAUAUGA